UUUUUUUUCCGUUUGGUUUGUUUCCUUUAAAGUGUGCCUGCUAAAAAACUUAAAAAAAAAAAGAAAAUCAUAACCCGAUUCUUUUAUCAUUUAUACCCUUCUAACCCUUACUUUCUAACCGUUACUUUAGCUGAAUUUGGUCCUGGUGAUUGUUCCUGGAUAAGCCGAGAACACAGCUAUAAUAAUUCACUUACGAUGGGGUAUACGAUCAAACAGAAGAUUGAUAUUUGUCUCAAGUCUGAGUCAAAUCCAGAAAUGACUCAGGCUGAUUUGGCAGAUUGGGCUAAAAUUCAAUAUAGAAGCGAAAAAGCACCGUCACAAACAACUAUAUCUAGAAUAUUGAGUUCCAAGAAUGACUUGAUUGCGUCAAAAGAAACCGAUUUUCAAUUGGUCAGAAGGAGGAAACAAUCAAAUCCAUUAUUAAGAAGAAUUCUAACCGAAUGGAUAACUCAAGCAAUUUGGGAAAACAUUCCAAUAACCACUCCGAUAAUACAGCUGACAGCCAACUCGAUUUGGACUCGAUUACCCAAUUCAGAAAAAGAUGGGAAUGGUGUAUUCAAUCAUAAAUGGUGUAAUCAUUUUGUUAAAAGACUUAAUAUUAAUUUGCAUGGUGAUAAUAAUGCUAUAUUAUCUAAUCCUGGUCAGCACAAAUUAAAUAAAGUGUGGAAAAUUGAUGAGAAAUUAGAUUUAAAAGAUUAUUUAAAUCAUUUAAUUGAAAAGGAAAAUUAUCGACCUCAAGAUAUUUUCACGAUGGAUGAAUUCAAACUUUUUUAUUCUUUACCAUUAGAUCAAAUCUUUGAUGUAUCUUCAGUUGAUAAUGGAUUGAAACAAUCAAGUUUCACCACUGAAAAUUCAUUAACUAUCAUGCUUGGUUGUAAUAUUGAUGGCUCUGAAAAAUUAACUCCUUUAGUAGUUGGCAAAUAUGAUAAAUUUGAUAUUUCUCAAAGCUCCCAUAAUAAUUUCAAAAAUUUAUCUUCAAAUAAUAUUUCAAAACAUAAUUUAAUGAAUAAAAUUACUGAAAGUUAUCAAAUUUUUUAUAAAUCUAAUAUAAAUAAAUGGAUAACUUCUUCAAUGUUUCAAAACUACUUAUUGGCUCUUGAACAUAAAUUAUCCAAUGCUUCCCCCAAUAGAAAGAUUGUUAUUAUUUUAGAUGAUUCUUCUUCUCAUCGAAUUAUUAAUCUACAAUUUAAAAAUAUUAAACUUUGUUAUUUGAAAAAUAAUACUAAUCAUAAAAAUCCUUUUUCCUCAAUGUAUAAUGGUGAUAAAUUCGAUUAUUUACCGAUGAGUUUUGGUAUUGUCGAAGAAUUUAAAAUCUUAUACCGUUUACAACAAUAUCUUGAAAUGAUAAAUAUUCAAAGAAUUCAUCAUAAAAAAGAAUUUAAAAACAAUGAUUCAAAUCAUUUUUUAAAAGCAAAUUCAAUAACUUUAAAUAAUUUCAAAACAAUGGUUAAUGGAUCAAAUAGUGAUUCAGUUUUAUCAGAAUCAGAUUAUCAAAUACCCUUAAUCAAAGUAAUUGAAUGGGUUAAAAGAUCUUGGGAUUCAAUUUCAAAAGAAAAAAUAUUCAUGUCUUGGAAGAAAACUCAUCUUUUGAAUUUGAAUGAAAAUUGGCCAAGUUCAGAUCCAGUAAUUGCAAACGCUGCAAAUGAAAGCUUAUUGCCUUUGAAUUCAAUCACUUCAAACUAUAAUAAUUAUAAAAGCUAUGAUAAAUUGGUUGAAAUUAUGAAAUAUCUUAACGUGGUGAUUCCCUGGAAUGUUGAUGACUUAUUGGGUCUUGUCAAUGAAAGAGGUAAAAUCACUUUAAGUUAUGUUUCAAUCGAAGAAAUUAUUGGUAGUUGUUUACUGGAA